GCCAUGCCAAUGACUCGAUAGGCCUGCGACAAAUUUUAAAAUGAAUCAUCGAAGUAUGUAUAAGUGGUAGAGCUUUUAAAAGAAUGCGGAAUCUUCGGUUCCUCCGUAUAUUCAAAAGCAGAGUUGAUGGGAAUGAUAGAGUGCACAUACCUGAGGAGAUGGAGUUUCCGCGUCGUCUAAGGUUACUACAUUGGGAGGCAUAUCCAAGCAAGAGUCUCCCUCCUAGAUUUCAUCCUGAAUAUCUUGUUGAACUUGAUAUGAAGUAUAGCAAGCUCGAGAAGCUCUGGGAUGGAAUCGAACAAAACGGGGAAUGGUGUGAUGAUCCCCGAGUUUUAUGUCGCCGAAUACGCAAAGGCUACUUGUACCCCAUAGAGGAUCUUGCUCGUGGUAUCUCCAGAAGCCAAACGAAACAUCUGUUUAUUUUUCACUCUGACUCGUUUGACAAACACAUAUGGCUUGAAGUGAGCAAAGAGAUAACGUUCAAAUUCAGCAGCAAAUACCAAGACUUCGACAUUUUUGAAUGUGGCGUCCAGAUCUUGACAGACGAAACCUUUGGAAGCAACAAUGAGGGAUCUGGCGAUGAAGAUGGCGGCAAUGACCACUGGGAUACACAUGAAUCGGGUGAAGCGUCAAAUGAAGAAGAAGACGACGAUGAUAAUAUCGCUGAGGGGAGAAGCGUCCGACAAAGAAGAUGGCUACAAAUCUGAAUCUGGGUAGGCGCCCAAAGAUGGGGACUACAUAUCUCUGUACAGGAAGCGUCCGAGGAAGACAACAAUGACGAUAGCUACGAAUAAAUCUUUAAGAUUUUU